AUGUACACACAGGCACAUGUACGAACAUACACACACACAGACACAUGUACACACACACAGACAGACACAUGUACACAUACAUGUACAUACACGCAGACACGUGUACAGAUACAUACAUGUACAUACACACAGACACGUACACCCCCCAUACAAAGUUGCAGUACUUCGUUGUUCACUCAUACAGCCGGGUACUGCACUCUAGGGAGAGGCAGAGAGCACAGCACACACUCCAUCCUUUGCUUUCACUGCGCUCAGCUAUUGAGCAGUCUGACGGCUCCCAGUGCCAAGGACAGAUCCGGCCUGAGCUCCGAGCCUGCUCAGCAAGAUGGCCCUGGGGGACACACUCGCCCCCACCAUAAUUUCCACUCGCCAUUGGAGAGCAGGCGAGUGGAAAUUUUAAGCCCUGUAUAU